AUGGCAGAUCUGACAGCACAACCUUCGGAGGCGACAACAGCCACUGCUGAUGUAUCAAACGCUAAUUCUGUCGAAACAACAACUGGGCAAAUAGAGAAGGAAAAUCCAGUUAUUUCCUCUGACUUUAUUCAAAGAGAACCAUCAACUAGAGUAAAAAAGAAUCAUCCUUCUGAUCUUAUUUUGGGAAACCUUGAAGAGACAACCAUGAAGACUCGAGGUUGUGGUUCAUCUUCCAAAUCUGUGAAGUCUCAGCAGGAGACAGUUCCUGAGUCAGUUCCCACUACCACUCCUCCCGUCCCAGCAUCAAUCCCUGCUGUCUCACCUCCUACAGGCCGUCGACCUAAAACCACAGCAAGAAAGAAGGUUCUUGCUCUUUCGGGUCCUAUAGGAUCUACCAUUCUUGGAGCUUCAAGUAAAGGAGUUACUUUUCCCAACCUGGAUGCUCAGCCAAUCCAAGCCUCGGCGGUUCCACUCGCCUCUUUCGAAGGUCAAAUAAAAGCCAAACUUGCCUUGGCUACAAGUCAUUCCCAAUCAAUCUCCACUAAAGUUGUGUCUGAUCCAUCUGAUCAUGACUCUGAAUCGUCGCUAUCUCCUGAUGUUUUGACCCCCAAGGGAAAGGGAAAACGUAAGACCAAAGCUGCUAGAACAAAGAAAGACUCUCAACCUGAGUUUGACCCUUCCUUGACCGAGCCAAAUCCUAAUGUUCCUCUUGAUGAUUUGGCAGAGGAGACUGAAUCUGAAGACGACCCCUCUGAAGCCUCUCCUAUUGCAUCUGACCCAAAAAGCACCACACUAUUGGCAUUUCCCGUAUUGACUUCCAAACUCCCUAAACAAAAAGAUGCUCCUAAGUCCCAUGAGACCUUGACUUCUCCUUUGGUUGGUCCUACCUACACUGUCAAUGAUGACCCCACUCCAUCCACAACUCGAAAGGUCAAAGGCAUUAAUCUGGCUGGUUCUGGUUCUGGCACUGUUGUGACUGACACUCCUGCUAUCUUGACUGAUCUCACUUCUGUCCAGACAGGAAUUACACGCCUCUUUGACCAAUUCACUCUCAUGGAAGAUACUCAGUGCCAAAUUCUUUCUUCGUUGGCCAUUAUCAGUGCAUCCACCUCUCCUACUCCAUGA